AUGGAGAAUGAGCCGACUAAGCGUGGACUCACCGCAGCGGAGAAGCGUGCUGCCCGCCGCGCCCGCGUGCUCCAGGAUGGCGAGAGCCGUCUAAAGCUGCUGAAAGGACAGAUCUCGUCCCUCAAAACACCAACCAACGAGUCGCCGUCGCUGGAACAGCAACUGGACGAUGGUGUGGACGAGCUGGUGGCUGCGUCCGACUCGGACCCCGCCGAUCCACCGACUGAGCUCAAGAUCCCACCGCGUGUUGACCCGGCCCAGCGACGUCGGGAUGCGGCUGCUAGACGUCGUCGCAAGGAACAAAUGGUACAGGAGAUGCUGGGCAGCAACGCACCAGCUAAUGAGGUAAAGGAAGAGGAGACACCCACCGACCAGGAGAAGCCCCAGAAGGUGCUGGAGGCUCUGAAAGCGCCCUCUACUGCUACUGAGCCGAUGUUCAGUCGCCACACGACAGCGUUGAAGCUCCAUUCACUCGAGGAGAAGCUGGUGCUGCUGCUUAUAGUGGCGGCCGCUGUCUACACUGCCAUGUGCAUGGACUUGCGAUCCAUUGCGGCCAGCUUAGCUGCCGACGACCAGUUGUUCGUGAGUUAUCAGGACCUGAUCACGAAAGGAGUCCCUAUGGAGUCCAUUAGACAGCAGUUUGAGCGUGAGCAAGUGGCGCCUGCAGUGAGACAGAAGCUCGAACAUUUACUGACUCAGCAGCUGAAGAUGGAGGCCAUGGAGACGACAACGACCAGUUCAGGAUGGCUACCGGAUGUGGCAGAUUUGGGCUUCUUCUUCACGUCAUUGGUGGCAAAUCCACCUAUUGCGUUGUGUGUGCUGCUAGUGAGAUUGGUGGUGUCCACAGGCGCCAAGGCGGUGCAUAAAGCGCUGGAUCUACCGGAUGUGAAGAGCCCGCAGGAAGGAGAUUUGGGGUUCUUGGCGAAUAUGGCGCUGUCGAGUCGACCGGUGCUGAAAGAGUUCCUAGUGAAGGGCCGCAAGUCGCUGGACGACGUGUUCGUCUUCAUCUUCGCACUCGUGGUAUUUGUCGCCAUUCGUGCGAUCUGGAUCAGCUAA